AUGUUUCCAAUUCUUUUUCUCGCAUUUCCCCCUUCUUUCUUUCAUCUCUUUCACGCGCAUUCGAACGACUUCCCUCCCCGGCUAAACUUCUCUAAUCUCUCCCUAUCGACUCUUAAUUUCUUCCUUUCCUUCUCUAUUUCAUUCUUUUGUCCCUUUUGUCUUUACAAGUUAAUCAUUUAUCACAUCAACACACAGGUGUCUUUCUUUCUUUCUUUCUUUCUUUCUUUCUUUAAUUCUUUCUUUCUGUAUAUCUAUCUGUCUGCGAAACCUCCCUCUCAUCAACACAUUUGUUUAUUUUUCUCUCUCUCUCUCUCUCUCUCUCUCUCUCUCUCUCUCUCUCUCUGUCUUUUUUCCUUUUCAUCUUAUAUUAAUUUAUUUUACUCCCCUUCUUUUUGCUUCCCCCCCCCUAGUACUUCUUUCUUUUUCUCCACUAAUUCUCGUUCAGAGACAAAAUCUUGGCACUUUUUCUUCUUUUUUUCUUCUCACGUUCAUUUUUAUCUCAUUCAUUCUUUUGGUUUUUCUGCCAUACGUAUCUAA